AUGAUGGACCGUCUUGCUCUUACCAUAUUCGACGACCAAACCACCUUUGACGGCGCAACCGCAUCCUUUGUGCAUGAGCACUUCAAGAAAUGGGCUGCUACAGCGCCUCAGGAAGAGCAAGGCACCGGUCCAAGCAACGCUCAGCGCUACCGGUACUGUAUCCAGGUCACUGACGAGAGCUUGGAUUCCAUUAUUCGGAAAGCGCCGCCUCCAGAGGAACAUACGGUCAGCAAAGAGGGAUUUGUCAACAUCAUUGAUGCGAGCUGGGAGCCUUAUUCGCAGUGGGGUGGGAUGGGGACGAAAGGAUUGAGACGACGAGGAGCCACUUGA